AUGGAGCCGUCGUUCGUUCUCGAUACUGGUGGUACUCGGUGUAUCUCAAAUGACAGUCCCAUAAUUUAUUGCUCGUCAAGAUCAUGCUAUGGAGAUGCCGAGGAAGACACUCCAGUCAAGUCAAUUAUUUCUCCCCGUAAGUUUCGGAGAGUAGCCAUUUCAAAGCGAUAUCACGAGAAUGGGAAAUUUUCAAAAAUCAGGCCUGGAUGUAUUUCUUCCGAACUUCGUGAGGCCCUGCAUAUUUCACACCAUGAUAUCCCUUUACACAUUUAUCGGAUGCGUUCUAUGGGUUAUCCUCCCGGAUGGUUGCGUAAAGCAAAGGUGGAACAGCUGCCAUUUUUUGACGGUGAACACGAGGUCGACAGUGGUCUUGAAGAAUAUAAUGAGGAUGCAAUCAUUGCAUAUCCUGGAUUCAACGUCUGCUCUAGUAAAUUACGCGAUGAGUACUUCACACUUCAGUGUCCCAGCAUUCAAAGGCGUCACUUGCUGAAAAACUUCAUCUUUUCCCUUCGUAAUAGUUCCACCAAUAUCUUGGAAUUUUCUCGAUAUAAGGAAUCUCUUGAAAGCAAAGAUUUGAAUGAUCUGAAGGGUGAGCGUCAGCGAUUGCUAUCGGAAAUAAAUGCUUUAGAGAACUCGCUCCCAUUAACUUCUAACCAUUCCGAAUUAUUGAAUAAAUGCAAGGAGUUAUCGAAAACGCGCUUAGACCCCAGUGAAUCAACGUUUCUACGUGAAGCAUCGGAUAGUCCUAGAGCAUCGCUUGCUGACCAAAUCUUCCCACUUAACGCCGAAUCUGCCUCAGUCGACGAUGCUGAUCGUGAGAGGGAGAUGAGGGGCAAUGCCACUACUGUGGAGGCUGGUUUUUAUGGAAAAGUUACCCAAUGGAGCGCUGUGGGUGAAUCAGCCAAAGAACAAUUGGAGCUAGAAUCAGAAGAGGGUACUGCUAUUCCCUCAAGUGUCGCUCACGUAGUUGCAAAUACUAGUAGUAAUUCAGGUUCAGGAAGCAGUCCACUUAAUAUAUCAUGCGCCCAGAAAAAGCUCCCUGAACUUGAGGCCUUUAGCUCUGGAAUUCAGCCUUUUGAGCCUUAUAAAAAUCUACCCAAUGCUCAAGGUGCCUACAACCGCGUUCGUAACACGCUUAAAUGUGCAAAGGGCAACCCUACUACUUUAGUGCCUGUGAACCCACCCUCAAAGGUACCCCAAGGCGGAGCUAAGGUUCGACCAGAACGCACUCAGUCUGUUCCUGCUCCGAUGGCUGCUGAGGAUAUAAACAAAUUCCUCGCUCACCCUGAUGGCGAAAGCAGUGAUAGCUCUGAUUGGAGCGAUGUUAAGGAGGAAGAUGAGGAAGAGGUCGAGUCAUGGGGAAUGAGAACUGCUACCCUUAAUGCUGUUUCUACUCCGUCACCAAUUCCACAACCUACCAGAGAUGUCGGGGUUGCGGAACUCUUUGGUCCAGCACGUACCAACAUGGAACUUACCAACCCACAAUCUGCUAACACUGAAAAUGAAAGCAUUCUCGAUCAUACUGGCGCUUGGCGAUCAGGACUAAGUGAGUAUGGACUAAAAAUUCGGGACUCAUUGUCAAAAAUAGCCUCUGAGAAGCAUGAAACGCAUAUUGAAAGGGAAGUUCAUCGAAUUGUUUGUGCUUCUGAGCAAGUCGCAAAUAUUGGGUCACAUGACUCUUUAACUGAUUCUCAGCGAAAAGCUCUGCAAAUCUCUGAGUUCAAACGCGCUAAUGCUCUGGCAUCGCUUGGUAACUCUCGAAUGGGUUCACCUUCCUUCUCAUCAUUAUCGAAAGAUGGUGGGUACUUCGUGGCUGUACCCACAAAUAUACGUGUCAUACGAUCUCAAAUCUCCUCCGAGCUAUGGGCGGCACGAACGAGCAAUCGGCGUGUUUUUAGCCUCUCCCAGUAUGUUCGUGAGGCGGUGGGGUCAAGUGGGUCGAGUCUGCAGACAGAGGCUACGGUGCUUGUCGGCGUGAUAGGUUCAAAGACCCCACCACGUCGUAGUCGAAAUAACAAAAUUUUUUCAAUUUGGCGGCUCACGGAUCUAAUGAAAGUAGGGACAGGAGCCCCAAACGGACAAAAUAUCAGUCUCUUCCUCUUCGGAGCUGUGCAUGAGAAGUUAUGGAAGGAACCGGAAGGAACCGUCGUGGCAAUUCUUAAACCAAAAUUACUUUCAUCCAGCGAAAAUGGCAACUUAACAAGCACCAAUGCUGCCGGCUUAUCAAUUACCGUGGACUCUGCCCCGUUUGUGAUGCUUCUUGGAAUGUCUUUUGAUUUCGCGCUCUGUGCUGCCACUACCAAAGUUGGAAGGCCUUGCAGUAGGAUUGUUAAUAAGAAUAUAUGCCGAUACUGCGAUUUGCAUGUCAAAGCUGCAUACCAUUCCGCUAGCAGCAUGCGACCCGGUUUUGCAACCGCGCUGAUCUCCAAACCAAGUUACGGUCAGCGUCGUGGUUUGAAGAGGUCGAUCGGUAUUUCCUCAGCUUUGGCUCAGUCGAGCAGUGCAUUCUUACCACAUCGCCCGGCCUCUAUGCGGGUCGAUCGCAGUCAAGACUCCCGCGUUCAUAGCAGACCCGCCGUAUCGCCCCGGUUAGCCAUGAAUAUAGCUAAGUUUGCAUCAUCUAGCCACCCAAUUGAUCAGUCCCUGUCAGCUCUGUCUACAGCUUCCAAGGCCUCGCUUCAGUCGGCGCCUUCGGAAUUGAAAGUUCCCUUUGCUUCUACCCCAACUCGUCCUACCCGAGGUUCUUUGAAUCUCCUUCGUUACUUUGAGACCGCCAGUGCUUCUCAUUUGACCGUGCCUCCACCCUCGGCCAAAGAUAAAUACCUGAAAAAUGCAACACCUCAAGCGAAGUUGCAUGAAACUUUCUCCACCUUCUUCGCGGGCGUAAAAAAUAAGACACUAGCACAGAAGCCUCAAAUUGGGCGUGAGUUUGAAGCGGGCGCAAGCGAUGAUUAUUUUGUCGAUUUGGGACCAGUUUCGGCACAAGACUCAGAACUGAACACGACCCUCACAGUCCUGCCCUCACGCGAUGCUGCUCGUCGGCGAUCUGAGGCCCUCGUCCGGACCAGGGGCGGGAUCGAUGCUCUGCAUCAGUCUGCACGAGAACAAACUCAGAAACGAAUACUUGACAUAGUCUCUCAGCCACCCUCCAAAAAGACUAAACCUUCCCCACUUACACGGAUACUAGGUCCAGUAUCGUUUUCGGAAAUGAAUACAAAUUCUGAACAGGAGGGCUGUGAAAGAACUCAGAAGGCUUCAGACACUUGGAAGAGUGGGAACCGUGAGGAACUUGCCAGGUUGGUCAGUCAGGGUUCGCGUCACGCUGACAUUGCUGCUGUCAACGAAGCCAGCGCUGAAUGGAAGCUGCUCUCUUGCCUCGAAGCACGCGAUAGCAUUGAGGAGAAGCUUUUAAAUCAGCAUGAACAGGAAUGCCAGGUCGUCACUUGCCUCAGGUGCCAGUAUAGAUCGCUACAUGCCAGCCAAAUUUGCCGCAAAGAAGGACACAAAUUGAGGUUUUCCAUUGGUGUAAGGCGCUUCUUCGCCUGUCGAAAUUGCAAAACCAGGAUGACUACGUUGGAUCGCUAUCCCAACUUUGCAUGCACAAGCGAAAAGGUCCAAAGCUGGCUGGUGAGAAAUUACUCAUCCGUGGAAUUGAGGAAAAAUAUCUAUCGUAAAUAUGGAUCUUGA